AUGGAAACAAAUCUCGAAAUUGAGUCAAAGUUUAAGAGUAUCUUAGAAGAAAAGUCUCAACAUCUUAACGAGGAUUUUCUUUUUAGAAACAUUUCUGGAAUAUGGGAUCUUGAUGAAAAAAAAGGCGUGUUAAAAUAUUAUGCAGAAGCUGCUUUGAAAGAUGUGGAAAUUAUUAAAGAAAUUUAUCAAAAAUGGCGCGACCAUAACAAAGAAAUUAAUGAAGACAUAAGAGAAAAAUUAUUCAAAGUAUUAGAAGUAUUUGAAGGUGAAGAAUCAGUAGUAAAUAAGGAUAAACAAAUUUUAUGCUAUUUCUAUUUUUUAAUAGUAGAUUAUUCUUUUGGUUAUGUUUAUUUAUAUGAAAAUGAUAAAAAAGAAAAUGAUGGUCAUGUGAAUAUUAAAGAAAAUGAACGUGUUAUAGAAGUUGAUCAGACAAUUGUUAUUAGGAAGUUAAUGAAUGUGUUUAGUGCUUUAGAAAAGGAUGAUUUCAAGGACAAAAGAAAGGCCGGCAUUUUCUUUGCACUUAUUGUUAUGUGCAAUGAAUUUAACAUAAACAGUAAAAGACAAAAUUCGAGAAUUAACUAUUUAGAAAAAAAAGGAAAUAAGUUUAUAAUCAACGUAGAUAAAUUAUGUGCAUUGAGAAUAAAUUAUAUGAUAUAUGUUGGGAUUUUUCCUGCGAUCAAUGAAGCAGGAUCAUCUUCAAGAGAAAUAUUAGAAAAAGAACUAAAGCCAUCUAAUUUGAUUUCUAAAAAAUACCUUGAAAAAAUUUUAAAAUUUUUAAAAUUACGUAGUUCAUAUCAUUAG